AUGCACGCGCCGGGCAUGCCCAUGGCGCACGGCGCACCUCCGAUGAUGCAAGGCGUCCCGCCGCCGAUCGCGGCAAUGCGGCGCCCAGACGGUGCGCCCCAGGCCGUGUCGAUCCAGCAGCCGACGCUCGUGAGCUCGUUCUCGUACGAUGAAAGCAAGACGCUGUGCUUUGACGAUCGCUCCAAACGGUACUAUCACGCGCCGCCCACGCAACAGAACCACGGCAAUGGCUCGGGAGCAGCUGCGGACCUCAACUAUGGCUUUGAGUCGUUUCACGAAAAGGUCCCUGCCGAGGCGCUCGAAGCGGAAUUGCUACGCACCAACGUCAUUACCUGGCGCGGUAUCCUGACCAAGCUGUGCACUGCAUGGGCAUGCCAUGUCCAGGCGCCGCCCAUGUUCCGCGAAGGCUUUGAGCUGAAUGUUAUGAUGCUUGGCGAUACACUCAUUAUCGAAGAGACGCCGCCCGACAUGCACCAGCUUGCGGCGCUCGCACAGCAGUCCAAGCCCCGCAAGCUGCAAAAAGCAACCUACUAUGGCUACAACUUUGAGUCGUUCUGUACGGCCAAUACCCCCGACGGCCCAUCCGCGCCGAACGGAUGGGGUGGUCCUGUGAAUACAAACGAGCAGUGGUGUCAUAUUGUCAAGACACGGCUCGGUGAUACCCGUGUGAUGAUUGGCGGCGAAGUCGACUGUGUCGAGUCGCCGAACCAUGGUGCGCCCGAGACGGUGGUCGAGCUAAAGACCAACAUGCAGCCCCGCAACGAGCAGGACCAGCUGAAGCUUCAGGUCAAGAUGCUGCGUAUGUACAUGCAGUCCUUUUUGCUCGGCGUCCAGUCGAUUGUCGUUGGCUUCCGCGACCACAAAGGCACGCUGCUCUCCCACGAGCAGUACCGCACGACUGACCUUCCCCGCAUGGUGCGCGGCAAGCCCGGGCAGUGGAAUGCGCACCACAAUCUGUCGUUUGGUGCACAGGUUCUCGAGUGGCUGCGCAAAGAGGUCGGGCGCGAGAUGGAGCGCUGGAGCUUCCAUGUUGCGCAGAGCCUCAAACAGAACGAGGCGGUGCGUGGCCCCUAUCCCUGGCGCGUGCAUCGCACGACCCAGUCGUUCUUGGGCCACCUGCCGCUGCCCUCGGUUGAGGACGCAGAGAUGGACUACCCCGUGUACCGCGUGAGUUUCCAGCCGCCGUUCCAGCAGGUCACGCUGCGGUACGUGCCGCCUGCCGAGCUGCAGCGCGACGGCCGCCGCGCGCACCGAUGUGGGCUCGUCCCCUCGGCGUUCUACCGCUGGGCGACGAGUCCGAUGCCCACUGUAUGA